UUCAGGGAUGCGCCGCCUCCCCACCGCGCGAGGCGGGAGAGCGAGGCCCCGAGCGGGCCAAGGCUCAACGGCAGCGGCUCAGAGAUUAAUCUCAGAUCCAUGCUGCCUCUCGUGUCAUAUAACCUAACAUUUGCUGAAGAUGGUUUGGGUUCUUAGCAGAUGCACGCACAAAUACAGAGAAAUCCGCACUCUCAACCAACAUGCCCCUAUCACACAGUCGGCCUAAAGUGACUUCAAAGGUCACCCAGCAAUUGAGCCGGUUCUUCUUCCCUAGCCUAUUCAUGCCUAGCUGGGGAUCUUGGGCAAGAUACAGUUAAUGCUGCCGAUGAGAGCUUUGUAAAGCCGGUAGCCGAAUCGGCCUGGCCUUUCCUUGCCUAGCAGAGUCUGCAAAACCUGGGCAUAAUCCUUCAAAGCACUUCAUUACACCGGCCUUCAACUUGAUGGCGCCACGAAUCUCUUCCUUGAAAUAGUUAGAAGCAUCUGGGAAAUUACCCAUCUGAUCGCCAAGGAAGGCAGGAGGUCUUCAGGACAAGCAGAUGCCCGUGACUUGGGAAACCCAGGGUGAGUCACCGAGCCCCGGCCACACACCCACACGCCGACCGAGUGGAAGCCUGGAACGGAGUGACUCAUGGUGAGCUGAGAGCCUCCGUGCCUGAAUUAAAUGGGGAAGACAUUUUCCUAGGUCAACAGAGGAGAACUUUUCAAUGGUGAAACUGGGGCCCCUUGAAGGCUUGAAUGCCAGCAGCGGAAUGGGAGCAAAGCUUGGAGGGAUCUUUCAAUAUAACUGUCUCAUCCUCCAGUUGCACCACAAUUAGCGUCUUGCUCAAAAUUUGGGCAUUCCCACUAUUGUUUACAUUGAUUCACACUCAGCUCACCAUGGUCCUCAGCUCUUGAACAUCGCUGUGGACUUCUUUCUUUUGCUCAUGGGCCUGGCUUGCUAAAACUGCACAGCUGAAAUAUUGUGUAAUGGCCACACUGUAAACAUAACCUCCCAUUUACCUGUAAGUCUUAGCAGGACUCUGUUGCACGAAGAGUGGCUCUUUUGCAUCACAUCCUCUCCUGCAUGGCUCAGUCAGCUCCACCAUCCAGGUGGAAUUCAUAUCAUCCAAUUAUUUUGAAUCACCUGGUGCUGCUGCCGGAGGCUGCUUUUCCUGUGGAAGGGAAUUGCCCUUGAGAAGGUGGGGAACUGGACUGCAGCCUCUCAGUGCCCCAAAAUUCACACCCAAAGGGUGGCAUUGGAAGACUGAAUGGUGGCACAGUGCUUAGAAUGCAGCAUUGUAGGCAAACUCUGCCCACUGCCAGGAGUUCAAUCCCAAAGGGACUCAAGGUUGACUCAUCCUUCGAGGUUGCUAAAGUAAGGACCCAGAUUGUUGGGGAAAACAUGCUGACCUUGGUAAACCUCUCAGAGAAUGCCGUGGAGCGCUAUAGGGUGGCAUAUAAGUCUUAAGUGCUAUUGCUAUAUUCUGAAUAUCCCACCCCAGGCCGUUCUGUAGGAAGGGCUGCAAUUGGGAAGGAUGUAACCAUACACCAUAAUUUAGAUUUCAAUAUAUUUGUUCUCCCAGCAUUUUAACAAACAGCUUAAAAAGGGAUCAGAUGGGGAAAGAGAGCAAACUAGAACAGGUGAAGGAAGUUAGAGCAGCUGAUUGAAAACUACAUAUUAGUUUCUCAGCAAAGUAAUCUUUUAGUGAGAAGGUGACGAUAAAAGUCUAUGGACAGAAGUGACCCCUCCUGGAGUUAGCAACUAACAGAUUUGCUAUUUGGGCGGCCUCCCCUUUCCUUUUCUUCUCCUUCUGCCUUUCCUUCAAUGGGUAAGAAGAGUUAUUUGCUUGACUCAGCUGGCGGCCCCAUGAUUGUUGCACGGACGGGUAAAUAAUUAUUUAGAUAAACAUUCAGGCAGUGAAUCCUUGCUAUUGUGAAUUUUAAGGCGAUGGGCGGGUAGGAAACAUGGCUGUGAAAAGCUCUGGUGCAUUUCAAAAACGGAGAAGCUCUAAGAAACUCCCUGCCACAGUAAACAGACGGAGGAGCCACUUCUCAGUGAAAGAAAGAAAAUCCCAGUCAGAAAGAGAGGACGGCUUCCUCCGAGAAAGCAUCCCACCCAUUCCAUGGCCACGGGGCUCGGCUCCGGCAUUCGUUUCGUGGGGAGGCCAGUUCCGCAGAGCCUGGCCAGAUAACCCCCUCUCCUCCUCCUCCUCCUCGCCUUUUCUACCUCCAACCCAGCUCCGAUCUAUUUGUGCUUCUGAACUUCUGCUUUCGCAAGGAAAUAUGCUCGGCUGGCUAGUCAAAUGAGUAAGAGAGGAAAGUUGUCAAAAACUGCUUUCCUUUUCUUGCUUGCUUGGAAAUGCAACCAGCUCGGGACGAAACUUGCACAGAUCAUUUUGACCAAAGCAUGGAGCCUGUGCUAGAGCUACCAAAAGCAUUGGCAGAGAAAGCGGACUCCCCAGAUGAGCAUGGAAGCCAGGAUCCCACCCUUCCCAAAGGAGGCCAUGGGGCAGCGGUCAGAGAGCGUAGCACAGAGCCUCCGUGCCAGCAGCUCUCCUUCCGAAGGGAGACCCUGGACCGGCAUGUCUCGGAGUACAUGGAGGUGGCUCUUUUCCUGAGUCCAGAAGAACAGCAGAGGCGAUGGCUUCCCAUCCUGGCCGCUUUUCUGAAGGCCUGGGAGCAGUCAGAUGGCAGCAUCUAUUUUCCAAAUAUCCAGCUUUUAGCAAGCGAAACUUCCAGUUUUCUGGUGAAAGAAAUCAAGACGAAAAUGAAUGGAAAUCCAGCAGAAGACGCUCGGCUGCUUGUGUGGCAAUUUCUGCAGUGGAAGGGAGAGCUGGAUUCUGCCGGUUACCUGCUGCUAAAGUCAAUCUACUCACUUUCACUCUACACCUCGGAACAGGAACUCCGGUGGAAUAUAAUCAAGUCUGGGCUGCCUGUGACGCUGCUGCAGUGCCUGCACCUCUUCUUCGUCUCUGCCGGUCUGGAAGCGGCUCCUUGGGGCAGGCGAGAGGAGGAGGAGGAGGAGGAGGAGGAGGAGGAGCAGGCCCUGCGGGAGACCCAGGAAAUGCUGGUGCAGACAAUGGUCAAUAUUUAUGAAGAAAAGCAAGGAGUGGAGAUGCUUCUCAUGUCUAGUCAUCUUAAAUCUUUGAUCAUAGCAAGAUCCUCCCGCUGGGAUCAAGGCAGCCCCGCUUGGAAGCAGCCUGCAAGCCGAGUGCUACGGGCGAUUUCAGAGGCCCUUUCCGAGACCACCAUUUCAUACCUGCAAGAUUGCAUCAAAACCUCCAUUCACAAUUUGUCAGAGCUUGAUGAUUCCUCGCCUACUUGGGAAGUAUGUGAAUCCAUCAAUAUUAUCCUGCAUUUUGUGAGGAAUUCCUACCCGAUUUCCCCAGCCUUGCUUUUGGAGUUUGAGAACAAUGGUGGGCACCAGCUGCUGUUGAAAUUUUUUUUAAGAUACGAAGGGCCACUGGGCAAAAAAGAAAAUGCCAGCAUCAAAGAAACACUGGACUUAGUGACACAAUUGGCACUUUGUGGGGAAACUGAGCUGCGUGUUUCAUGCAAUAUAGUGUAUCCACAACUGCCACAGUUUAAUGACAAACUUCCACAACUUAAUGAGAAACUGCCCCUUUCUUCUGGAAAAAGAAUAAGGAACCUGAAGGCUUUCCAAGUACUAGAACUGCUUUUCCAGAAAUCCAGCAACCCGAAUCUCUGCCAGUACAUUCUGCUUGCCCUGAAAUCCCUCUGGACGUGGGACCCCAUGAAUUUCUUCCUACUGGAGUGGUCUCUGCAGCCCAUCUGCCAGUUUGUGGGGGUCAUCCCCCUCAAGCCCUUCCGGGUCCAGGCCCAGUUCUUCCAGCUGGUGGAGUCCGUGGUGAAGGACCUGUCUUAUCUCCCCCACGAGAUCCUGAAGAAGAUCCAGUGCCUGAUCAAUGAAAACGCCCGUCCCUCGUGCACCUCGCUUGCCUUGGGCUGCCUCCACAGCAUCACGCAGAGGGAGCCCCUCUUGACAGACAUCUUCAGGGAUUCCGGACUUUUGGGAAUGCUGCUUGUUCAGUUGCGCAAAGAAGCCAAAAGACUGAUAAAGAAAGGAAGCACUCAAGCGAGCCCUCAGGUGUCGGAAGGGGAGGAUCUCCUCAAAUGGACUCUGAAGAUGGCAGCCGCUCUGGUGGAGGGAUCCGUCAGGAACACAGUGAUUCUCAGGGACUACGGCAUGGUGCCCUACAUCAAGAUCUAUGUGGAUAGUGAGGUGUACCGAAGUGAUGCCGUGAACAUCCUGGAGCAGGUGUCCAUCGUCAACCCUGAGGAGUACAUGAGCUCCGUUGUUGGGGCUCUCUGCUCCUCUACUCAGGGUGAACUACACUUCAAGCUGGAUCUACUUAAAUCUCUGCUGAAGACCCUGGUGAACCCCAAGGGUCGCUCCGCCUUCAGAACCAGCAGUGGCUUCAACGGGCUGUUUUCCCUCCUGGCUGACAUGGAAGGUUCCCUGCAGGACUCGCCUUCGGGUGCCUGGGCCUCCUUCGGUCAGAGCCACAUACUAGGACUGAUCCUGCGCAUUCUCCAGACAAUGGCAGCCGCUCUGUACCUGGACCCUGCCAAUAAGGGCUUCUUCCAGGAGAACGGUCUCUUUGAGAGGAUGGCGGAGGACCUUGGCACGCUUGGCUGCUUUUCAGCACAAAGGUGGGGACAAAUUCCUACGCAGAUCAACAAACCACGAUCCUUUGUUGAGCUUUCAAAUACAGCUGCUUGCUCACCUGAGCUUUUCCCAACUCGGCUAAAAAGCUGCAUCAGGAUAUUCAGCUUCCUUGAUUCCAUGGCCAGGAUGAACCCCUUCGGCCUCAAGAGCUGCUUGGAGGAAACAGAUCCUCCUCCCACAUUGGGUGUUCGGAAUGGGACAGAAAAUCAGCAAGAAGAUUCUCCGGGGAAUCUUUGGGACCAUAGAAAGUCUAACGAAGUAGCUGCCGUCCAGCUGCCAGAACCCCAGAACAGGCCACAAAGUGAGGACCCAGUGAUUGUGUGUCCCGGAGCCCUGUGUGUCAUGGUGACACUGAUUGGCAAACUCUACAAUGAAGCUUACCCUGAGUUGUCCCUGGAAAUCCAAUUCGCGGUGGCUGACCAUAUUCAAUCCUUGAUGGGCUUGGAGAAGAACCGCCAAGUGGCUUGUACAGCUGGCCUGCUGGGCUGCCUCGUCAGCUCCUGCCCAGAAGUUCUGCAUGAUGCAAGCAGCCCCCUCCACGCGCCUCUGAUCCGGCUCUUUGAGAAGCUGGCCUCCCAGUCCAUCCAGCCCGAGGUCUUAAGACAAUUCCUGUGCCCACGGAUGAUGCCCCUUCCCGUUGCUACCCCACCCCUCCUAAGCCUCCCCCCGGCAUCCCUCAGUGACGGAGAGGAACUGGACAGGGCCCAGAAGAUGGUGGAUCUGCAGUCCAAAUCCUGUGAGAAACAGCUAAAAGGUUCUGGAACAGCUGCACGGAAUGACAGCACAAAGCAAAGUCUGUUGGGCUCUGAUCCCCCCGAAUGCUCUGCAAUGGCCCUCCAAACGGCCAUGAGCCUCAUUUCCUUGACAACCCCGCGCAGCCUCCAUCUGCACAGCGCCUGCCUGGCCCCUUCCUUUGUGGAGUUCGACAUGUCUCUCGAUGGAUACGGCUGUUUGUUUAUUCCAAGUAUGGCCACCAUUCUAGGCCAAAGCACUGAACACUCUGUCUUGGGAGGAACCGGAAAAGGCAUCAGGCGGUUCCCCCCACCAGAUGGCCUCACUUUUUCCUCCUGGUUUCUGAUCAAUAAGAUGAGUUCUGCUCGUGAUUACCACCCGCUACGUUUCCUUACCUUGAUGCGCCACAUGGCGAGAACGGAAGAAGUCUUUGCUUGCUUUGCAGUGAGGUUUUCUCCCGUAGAAGGUUGUCUAACCAUCUCGACUGAGGAAGUGGCAUUCGAAGAUUUAGACACGAUGGUACCUGAAGAUGAGACCUCUCUCCUGUGCCAAGUUCGGUUCAGAUGUGCUCCGCUGCUGGUGCCCGGACAGUGGCAUCACCUUGCUGUGACGGUGGCAAAAGAAACGAAGCAGAUCUGCACCGUUUCGGCCUAUCUGAACGGCAGCCUGGUGGGCUCUGCGAAGAUGCAGUACAUCCGGGCACUGCCAGGGAGCUUCACUUCUAUGGACCCUUCUUCUUUCAUCGAUGUCUUUGGCUUUGUGGCUACACCGCUGAUGUGGAGAAAGAGGUCUUCCUUGUCUUGGCGCCAAGGCCCCAUGUUCUUAUUUGAAGAAGUUCUCUCCAUGGAAACUUUGCAGCUUAUGGGAAAACUUGGUCCGAGAUACUAUAGCAAUUUCCAGGCUGUGGAACUUAGAGGAGAAGGGUCCCAUGGCCACCUGCCAAAGGUGGCUCCUUUGGUGGCACCAGAGAAGAUUUCCUUUGGGCUCAACACCAGAUGCUCAUUUUACACAACAGUUAAAGGCAUAAAAGACAGCUGUGGUGAAGUGGACGGGCGUCUGGUCGCUAAAGAGCUGAAGCUGUCCUCCCGUGAUAAUAUAACACCUGUUUUCAUGGCUCAAAAUACUGCUGCAAAACUCCCUGGAUGCUUAAGAACAAUUGGUGCCAUUGUGGUGGGCCAGCAUGGGACCCAUGUCUUCCAGUCCUGUCCGGCUGUGGUCAGCCUGAGCUACCUUGGCGGCCCUUCUCUUCUGCUGGCUCUGCUGGCCAGGGCUCAGGAUGACCACGCGGUUUAUGCGGCCGUCAAGGUCUUGCAGACCGUCAUGAGCUGCAGCGCAGUGAAUGAACGCCUGAUGGGGGAUGAAGGCGAUGGGUAUCAGAUUCUGGCAUAUCUGUUGAAGAAAAAGGCCCACCUAUUAAACAGCAGAAUUCUGCAUCUCGUCCUUUCCAUUGGUGGCACCAUGGAAGCUGGCUUAGAACAGCCGACAAUCAAAAACCUGGAGAUCUUCCAACAUAUUGUCUGCAAUUUUGAGCUGUGGUGCUCUGCCUCGGGAAACCUGGACCUCCCUCUCUUUAAGCAUCUCACGGAAGUCCUCCAGUCCUCCAGAGGAAAGAAUUCCCCCGUGAACCCCGUCCGGCAGGCGCAGAUGGUGCCCAAGCUUUUUCUUCUCCUUGGGGAUCCCGGGAUCCCGGCCUCUCGCGUCCGCCGGAUCUGUCUCCUCCUCCACCAUUCACUCCGGGGCCACUUCAGCAUCCAGGAUCUCUGCUGGAUUGGCUUAUUCUUGGUUUACACUUUAUCUCCUGCAUCUAUUGAUGAAAAUGAGACCUUCUCCAAUAAUAUUCCAGAACCAUUUGGACAAGGCUUAACUCAGGCACCUGGGAAAAUGGUCUGGCUUCGAAAUCAGUUGCUGAGCAUGCUGCUGGAUGUACUAGAACCAGACAAACCUCAUUCGUCCUCUGUGAUCCAAGAAGAAAUGUUCCAGGCCUUGGGCCCUGACUGGUUCCUGAUGUUUAUGCAAAGCCACGUGCAUAGAACCACAAUUGUGCUGGCAGCCAAACUGCUCUUCCAUUUCCUGCACAACCACACGAACCUGCAGGAGUUCAGAGAGGGGAUGAUGGCAGGCCUGUGGCUGAAAAACAGCUUAGAGGGGCUGAAUAUUUUGACCGACAAUUUGAAGAGUUCUCCCCAGUCGUUUGAAUAUCAGCCGUAUCCGCUCUCGGGAUUAAUGGAGCUAAAGAUGUUCCUGAGCAGCUCAGCCCACAUCCCUGAGAUUCCCCUCCUCCUCUCAGGGCUUCUCCUGGACACACCGGGCUCUAAGCCACCUGAUGACACCCAAGCAGGUCUGGGUGCGAUGUUGGAGUGGCUGCUGGGUCACCGUCAGACAGAGAGAGUAGCCAAAGAUGGCUUAUGUGCGGAGGCCGCCGUUCUGUUGCUGGGGAUGGUCUCGUCCCUCACCAGUCAGAUUCCCGCAGAGGGAGAGGAUUCCUGGCAAACCGGCUUCAUACAGAAUAUCCUCCACUUCGUCCACCUGGUGUACCAGAGAUACCCCCAGGAUCCCCUCUGGUCCAGCUCCCCCUUCCUCCAAGCCCUGGCCUUGGCUGCCUUCCCCUCAGGGCCACCCCAGCCUCCAGCCAGGAAGGACGUCUGGGACUUGGUUCAGCUUCUCCUGAUGGGAAUGAUGCUGCUGGACUGGAGGGACAAAAGUUGGCACCCCCUGGAGCUCAUGCUUGAGGCCUCUCCAGAGAAUGCUGCUGUUGAGCAGAAGAUGCGCUUCCAGACAGAGCUAUUGCUUUCCAUUAUGGAGAUUGUCUACAACCUUGGCCAAAAUUACAAGGAAACCUCCACUUUAACAACAGGAAAUGGGGAUACCAGGAACAUUUUGGAGUCUGACAGGCCUCAUUUCCUAGGAAAUGUUGGCUAUUUUACUCGGAAGCUGGUAAGCAAACUUCACGAGGGGGUGCUGGUCACAGAGCCCAGGAAGACCAUCCUUUUCAUCGCAGAGCAAGUGCAACUGGUAACAAGAAAGCUUUUUCUCCACAAAGAGUCAAUUAUGAGCAACUUGUACAACUGUUUGAACCACGCCAUCUUGUACUAUUUAUCAAAUUCUUCUUCUGGGCCCCAAAGUCUCCUGGAAGUUUUGCAGACCCUUCAGAUGCGAUGGGAUGUCAUCUUUGCAGUGCACAAUUCUAGCCUGGAUUUCAUCGCAAGCCUUUUGUAUUGCCUGUUGCAACUGAAAUCUAUCAGCUAUCAUGAAAAUGGUGAGGCAAAAUGGAUGCCGGCUUCGGGUUAUUCUCUUGGCCCGAGGAAGGAGGAGGAGGGAAUCGAUGAUCUUUCUGCCCUGAAGGAUGUUCAGCAAGAGAUCCAGAGGGCAGCUGAGGAAAUCUGGCUCCGACUUCUUUCUAGGAGAAGAAGGGAUUUGGAGGAUGCGUACAAAACCUCUUUAUUUAAAGAGGAAGGCGAUGGAGAAGAGAGAAUGAAGAUGGAGGACGUAGCUCCUCUUUGGGAAGAGGCCAUGAGGAAGACCUGGCAGGCCUUUCUAGCGUCGGGGAAAAAAGCCUCCCAGAGCAGAAUCCUCAUCAGUGUGUCCAGCAGGACGAGUCCUUUGAGUGAGAGCCUGAAACAGGAUUUUACUUCAUAUUUAGAAAAAUGCAGGAGAACUGGCCAAGAACUCUAUGCAGUUUUAUGCAAGGAUCAUGUUGAGAGGGCGCUGUGCCUACGCUUGAAGUCUGCCAAAGCCUGGACUGAGCUGGAGGACCGGCUUUUUAGGGAGGGGGGCCCGUGGGGGUCUGCGGUAGCUUCUCCUGUCACAAGGUGGGUCCGGGAUGCCUACGAAGGUCCUGCUCGGAUGAGGAAGAGGAUCCAGUUCAAAACCGCCCACCGUGCAGCGGAGCUGUUGCAGGACAAGGCCCAGCAGACACAGAAGAAGGCCGCAUCUGCUCCGGCUUAUGUGGGAAAUCCAGGUGAGCGGCCAACCCCGACUAGAGAAGGGGAAGCAGGUCGGGAUCAGCUGACCUUUUUUCCUGCCCUGGGUGAACAUCUCCACUCGGAGGAAUUCGUGGAAUUUGUCUGCGUGGAAAGGAAAAUUGUCCUCCAGGAAUUAGUCCAAGACGAAAAGGUUACCUGCCGGCUGUCCGUGGUGGUGGUGGACGGACACGCAGCGUCGGAAGGGGCACUUCUCCUUGGCCGCGACCACUUCUACGUCUGCAAGCACUUCGCCCUGUCCCACCUGGGGGAGGUUUAUUGCACCAGCCAUUGCUUGUCCUGCAUCAGAGAGCCAUUCAUUUACAACUUGUGCCACGCAACGGAGGCCGCGCCUGUGGAGCCCACGUGUUCCUGCCAUUCCUACAGGGACAUUAGGGAGAUCCGGCCGAUGCGUUUCCUUCUGCAGGAGAUAGCCCUGGAGAUCUUCUUAAACAAUGGCUACUCCAUUUUCCUUGUAUUCCACAACAACGACAGGGAAAAGUUCUUAACAAGAUUUUGUUCAGUGAGAUCAAAAGGAGUUGCAGACGAAUCUACUAAUAUAAGAAAACAGUCAGAGGAGAAAAAGUCCUUCCUGUUGAAGUGGCAGAGGAGAGAGAUCAGCAACUUUGAGUACCUCAUGUACCUGAAUUCUCUGGCGGGACGGACCCACAGCGACCUCAUGCAGUACCCGGUGUUCCCGUGGGUCCUUGCAGACUACCAGUCCCAGACUCUGGACCUGACCAAUCCAGGCACCUUCCGCGACCUCUCCAAGCCCAUGGGGGCACAGACGGAGGGCAGGAAAGAGAAAUUCAUCCAGCGCUUCAAAGAAGUGGAGAAGACCGAAGGUAACCUCUCAGCUCAGAGUCACUACUUCACCCAUUACUCCUCCGCCAUGAUUGUGGCUUCCUACCUGGUCCGCCUGGAGCCCUUCACGGAAACCUUCCGAUCUUUGCAGGGAGGGGACCUGGACGUUGCAGACCGCAUGUUCCACAGCGUGAGGAGCACCUGGGAGUCGGCCUCAAGAGACAACAUGACGGAUGUCCGGGAACUGAUACCUGAAUUCUUUUAUCUCCCUGAAUUUUUAACAAACCACAACCACAUUGACUUUGGGUGCUUGCAGGAUGGGACGCGGCUGAAUGACGUGGAUUUGCCACCCUGGGCAGGAGGAAAUCCUCACCGGUUCAUUCGGCUGCACAGGCAGGCCCUGGAGAGCGACUUCGUCAGCAGCCGCCUCCACCACUGGAUCGACCUCAUCUUCGGCUCCAAGCAGCAGGGCCCAGCGGCCGUGAAGGCCGUGAACACCUUCCACCCCUACUUCUACAGCGACCAGGCCCAGAUGGGCAGCAUUGAGGACCCUCUCGUCAAGAGCACCGUCCUGGGGUUCGUCAGCAAUUUCGGACAGAUGCCAAAGCAGCUUUUUACGAAACCACAUCCCUCCAGAAAUGCUGCCAGCCUGAGGAAACCCUCACUGGGGAAGAGCAGCUUCCUCUUGGCUUCUCCGGCGCUCUCGGUCAGUCACCUGCAUCACUUGAAAGAGUCGUCCGUCGUCAUUCCCAGAGAGGCCCCACAAGGGCCUGUGGGUCACAUCGUGUGUACAGAAAAGGGGAUUUUGGCUGUGGAGAAGAAAAGUAUUUUGCUUCCUCCACUAUGGAAUCAAACCUUUUGCUGGGGAUUCAGUGACUUCACCUGCUGCCUGGCUGAUGCUGGAUCCGAGAAGAAGAUCACCGUCCUGGAGGCUCCGGCUGAGUGGGGUGACUGCCUCUGCGCUGUGUCUCCCACACCCAGCAGGCUCAUCACGUCCGGAAGCAGCUGUGUUGUCUGUGUCUGGGACCUCUGCAGGACCCCAGCGGGAGCCACGGCCUUACGCCUGAAACAGCCUCUGUACGGACACACGCAGCCGGUGACCUGCCUGGCCGCCUCUACGGCUUACAGCCUCCUGGUGAGUGGCUCUGCGGACGGAUCCUGCCUCUUCUGGGACCUGAACCGGUUGACGUGCCUCACCCGGCUUCCUGCGCAGGAGGCAGGCCUCUCAGCGGUUGCCAUCAAUGAUUCAACGGGCGAGGUGGCUUCGUGCGCUGGAGCGACCCUGGGCCUCUGGACGGUCAACGGGCAGCCCCUGGGCAAAGGAAAGGCCCCCUUAAGACCCGGAGGAAGGCUCUCCUGCUGCUGCUUCUUUGACGUGAAGGACUGGGAUGCGCAGAGCCUCAUUGUCACGGGGGAUACGGACGGCUGCGUGCAGGUCUGGAAGCCUGAAGCCGCCUCGCCUGGGAGCCCCGGAGAGCAGCCGCUGGGAGAGGCCGAGGCUGGGAAGCGGCAGGGCCAGCAGGAAGGCGGCCGACGGGAGGAAGCGGCCUUGGUCCUCCGGCGGGAGCUGCUGCUUCGCCCGAGCCCCCCCGAGGGAGCCCCCCGGCCCGCCUCGCCCAUCACAGCUCUGGCAGCUUCCAGGAAUUAUUCCAAGCUUCUGGCUGGCAAUGAAGAGGGGAAGGUCUGCUCUUGGUCAAUUGAGGAGUAGAAGGAAGAAGUACGAUGUAAAGCUGGAUCCUCUUGAAUCCCAGGUGCUGAUGGGAGCAGAUUAGAGCUUGCGUGGUGUUAGAGAUUGCGUUGACUAACCAUCUUCCUGCCUGAGCCGACAUGCUGACCUGAUGUCAGGCUUCCCGUUCUGGGGAAUCUCCCGCUCUGGAGCGGUUCUCUGAAUUCAUGGCUUCCGUAGCUAUGAGCUCAGCUCCAGCCACCUUCGACUCACACGUUGUGCCCUAUUCGUACUGAUUUGGUCUUUCGCUUUGCCACUCGUGCUGUGUGAAGGGGGGGGUGUGUGUGCCUUGUUUCACCUGUUUACCCUGGACAAUCUAUUUAUGGAUUGGGUUGAAAGACUUUCUGUGCCUGCCGAACUCCUUACAGGUGUCGUUGGCCCUUCUGAGAAUGUGGGGCAGAACGGAUUCCUCGUGUUUUUAGCAAAUGACAAGAAACGUUUCUUCGAAUGCGGCUCCCGUGGCCUCUUGCGUGAUUUAAGAAGCCAUCCAGCCCAUGUUAACAGCUGCCGACUGGUCUUCCACUAUCCUAGGUGUAGAGAAGCCAGUGAAGAUGGUGGUGCAGCAACACAACAAGUAACAUUUGGAUAAAAUUGAUUAUCUCCAAUCUUUCUGCUAAUUUUGCCCAGACACGGCUUUGACCCCACGAUGAAUGGCCUUUCCCUAGAAGGAGAUAGCAGAGGUGAGAUUUCUGGCCUUCCGAUUAGCCUUCCUUGCUUGCUGGAGAAGGGGCAGCUUAACAGCUCCUCCUCCCUGGGAUGGGGCUUCUCUUAGCUGAGGCACAGCCUUAUGCCUCCCUCUGGUUUAACUUCUGUGGGACCUUCUGCUGGGGAGGCAACCUACACGGAGCGGGUUGCCUCAGUCCAGAGGUGAUCCUGGAGGCCUUUCCUGUGAGCCCAGGAUUUGGUGUCCCCAAAGCCUCGAGGCAUCUUCAAGCGGCUCGGCUGGGGCCGCCUGUAGAAGGAGGAUCCGGCAACUCAGCUCCCCCUCAGUCCCUGAAGACUCAGGCGCUUCGGAAUGGAUUUUACUGGCCAAAUGUUAUAUAAAAUGCAACGGCCUCCUGAAUGCUGAGAAGUUCUCUGCCUCCCCUUCUCCCUCGGGUUGGCCUUCACACGCACAAAAAUACCCGGCCUUUUUUCCAUUAUUUUUAUAGCUGUUUUUAUCCAUAAUAAAUGGUUAGGAUCAACAAUCUGAGAGGAUGGGUCCAAUUUAUUAUUAGGUUUCUUGCCGAAUCCUAUCCUUGCUCUUGCGGUACGGACUAUUAUACUACGAAUAGUAUAAUUAUAUGUAUUUCGAAUGUGUAUAAUUCACCCUUUAGAUAUAUAAUGUAGAAAAACUAUAUCAAGAUCAAUACCUAAAAUAUAAACUCCACAUUUAACUGGGCGAAUUCGGAAUCUCAUGUUUCAUAAGAUACUAGCUUGCUGUGAGUUAACAGAGGCGACCCUGAGGAGGCUAUUAUUACAGUUAUCUAAUAAAUGAAUAAAAUACUCUUACAUCGACCUCAAAAUGGCUCCCACGCCUAAUGAACCUAUUAGACAGUUUCACAACAGAGCAGGUUUUAUGCCAGGAAUCCUCCUCUCUCCCACAGUGCGCACGGACGCACGCACGCACACACGUAACUGCUCCUACUGAUGUGACUGAGAAUGUUUGCAGAUGGUGGUAAAAUUUAAUGUGGAAGAAGAGGCCAUAUUUAGCAGCAAAAGGUGUCCAAGGCUGAACUCUCUAAAUGGCGGGACACACACAACAUUGACAAUAAGGGCCUGGCUGGGAGCGGCCGAAUGGAGCUGCCCAUCUCAGCACUCCUACUCCUCCUCUGCUCUUUCCCAAUGGCAGAAACCGCAUAACUCAGCAACUUCACCGGUGGCUGAGCUGUCCCAGAGGAGCCUCUCCCCGCCCCUCAUCCGAAUCUAUUUAAGGCUAUUUAACAAUACAGCUGCCCAGCCUUCUUGCUGGGACGUGGGGGUCAGAAUGCCUGGAGGGUCAGGAAUUCCUCUGGCCGGAGCCAGGAGAGCUGGUCCCACUUAGUGACAGAACCAGUCGUCCCAGAGCUUGGCCGGAAGUGGGAGAGGGGCCAUCUGCCCAGUCUGGGCUUUCAUGGAGCCCGGGAACAAGAUGGGGGUGGGGGCUCUGAACCGGGGGGGGGAGCUAGAGCUGCCCUCAUCUGACACCUGACUUGGCCCUUGUCCCCCUCCUCAGCUAAGGAGCCUCCACUGCCCUCCCCAAGUCAAAGCACGGCUCCCCUCCCCGGGGCCCUGAUGGGGCCCUCCUGGCCGACAGCCCAGAGGGGCCGGGCUGAAGUCAGGCACGAGAUUGGUUGAAUCCUCCGUUUCUGUUCCCUCACACUUCAGCAUGUGAUUGGCUGAUGGGAAAAACAUCCACCAAUGGGUGGCUGAAGUCUGCUGAUGACAAAACAAUUUGACACCACCACCACCACCACCCCGUCCAAACCUUUCUUGUGUCCCCCCCACCUUCUUUGAUGGAGGAAGGGGCCUGGUGCGAGGCAAAGGCGGAGUCUGGGCUUUUCAGAGCAUUUCUCCAAAGGACAAAAUGUCCCUUUCCAACAAGGCCAAGUUGUGAUGCUCAAAGAAACCUGGAUAAUGUAGCUUUUCUAUGCAAGAGUCCUAGCAUUAGUGGAAAUAACCAUUUGGCCUUAUUCCGUUAUCUUUCUGAACUCUGAUAUAUUAUCAAAUUGUUGAGUUGAUUAUGCUGUCUUCUGCUGGGCAAUGACCACCCUGAAGAUUUGAUUGCUGGAGGGCCCAAUUAUCCUACACAUAAACCAACACACAGACACACACAGACACACACAGACACACAGCAACAGUGUUUUGUCUUCCUGCAGCUCCACCUAAUCCUAGCCCAUCACCCAUAACUUAUCUCCCCCCACUUUUCCUAGGGCAGAAUGCAUUUCAAAGCAAAAUCUGGGCCAUAACCUCUUGCCCUGGUUCUUUGCAAAGAAUCUGCC